AUCACCUCAACCCUCGCCUCCCCAAACUGCAUCUUGCGCCUUUGGAGCUUAUAAUUGUCUCCACAUAUUGCUGAAGCUGAAAUCGACCAUUGCAAAUAAACAAAGACCCGGCCCGCCAUCAUGUCUGGAAGCGCAGGUUACGACCGACACAUUACCAUCUUCUCGGACCAAGGUCGUCUCUACCAAGUCGAAUAUGCAUUCAAGGCGAUUACGGCAGCAAACAUCACAUCAUUGGGAGUGCGGGGCAAGGACUGUGCGGUAGUCAUCUCGCAGAAGAAGGUGCCCGACAAGCUCAUCGACCCCUCCUCGGUCUCGCACAUCUUCAGACUGUCGCCCUCGGUCGGCUGUGUCAUGACGGGAUCCAUUGCCGAUGCCAGAGCCUCCGUGAGCAGAGCGCGGGGUGAGGCUGCUGAGUUCCGCUACAAGUUUGGCUACGAGAUGCCCUGCGAUGUGCUUGCUAAGAGGAUAGCCAACAUCAGUCAGGUCUACACACAGCGGGCGUACAUGCGGCCGCUCGGUGUAGCCACGACGCUCAUCUCGCUCGACUCGGAGUUUGGCCCCCAGCUCUACAAAUGCGACCCGGCAGGCUACUACGUUGGCUACAAGGCAACCGCUUCUGGCCCCAAGACGCAAGAGGCGCUCAACUUCCUCGAGAAGAAGCUGAAGAACAAGGAGCAUGCUGAAGGCAGCUGGGAGGAGGUGGUGGAGCUGGCCAUUACCGCAUUGAGCACAGUGUUGUCGGUGGACUUCAAGAAGGGCGAAUUGGAGAUUGGAAUUGUGGGAGGACCCAAGGCCGGCGGUCAGGAGGGCAGAGAUUUAACCUUCAGGGCCCUCACCGAGGACGAGAUCGACGAACGUCUGCAGUCAAUCGCAGACAAGGACUAAGGCUAGACAAGAUGAAGCUACGACGAGGGAGCGGUAGGUCCGCAAUCUCAACUAUGACGAUAUCACAGGUAGCAUGACACGACCUCUCAGACGUCAGAAGUGCUCGAGCAGCAUAAUGAAUAAAGACGUUAGACU